AUGUCGGGCAAGUCUUGCGCGUCGGGCAGCGUUCGCUCCGUGGUGGGCUCGGUGCGGCUGGGCGCCGCCACGGCCUCCUCCACCGGCCACGAGGUCGUGCUCGACGCGCUGUACGAGCGCAAGCGCGACAACAAGAGCGUCCGCGUGCUCACCGUCAUCGUCUACGUGUUCUGCGUGUCGCUGGCGGCGAUCAUGCUCUCGCUGUACUACGUGUUCUUCUGGGAGCCGAAGGACGCGCAGUACGCGCAGCGCAAGGUGUCUCACACUGUCACGCGGCAAACCAGCACCACACCAAUGUCCACUUGCUUAGUGCCCGACACCGGUAGGUCACAACACCGACACCGCUUCUCUCUCCCACCGCAAACUGUAAAAUUGACUUUACAGCGACGGAUCGUCGAGAGGACGCUGAAU